AUGGCUUCCAAGGUGAUGAAUCAAAGCAUUUUCUUGGCCAUCAUAUGCAUUGCUUUCGUGUUUGCUUCAGGAGAAGCAACAAAUGAAAGUAGUACGUUGUUCUGCUUCACCCCAGAUAAGGGGCAUUGUCCAGAUAUCAACGCCUGUAACCAGUAUUGCUUAACUUUUCCUUUCCGUGGAGGUGCUGUGUGUAGAGAAAACAACGUAUGUUGCUGCAAAUCAUAA